AUGCAACCUGACACGCAAGACGACCGCCAUUGCACAAAGGAAGUUCAAGCGUUGCGAGAACAAAUGUCUCUUUUGGAAGCAAAGCUCAGUCAGUAUGAAUCGUUGGGUGAGAAUCCACGCCCUCCCCGAUUCCAAUAUCUAUAUCGCUUGCGUCAAGCCGAUGGCAUUGAUGACAAUGAUGAUGACAACGAAGGCGAGAUGGAACAUACCUCAACAGUAUUUUCAGAUCCACCGGAGAUUGUAUAUGAUCAGAACGAUAAAGGGCAUCUUAAGUGCAGCCUAGCUCUUCGUGCAUUGGACUUCUUUCUCGCCCUCCACCAGGACAUUUCGUUUGUUGUAUUUCGCGACUAUGACAGUGAGUACGAAGGCGAAGCUUCCUGGGGGGAAGAUAUGCCGCAGAUACCAGCUCCAUUGUCUGAAAGCAUAUAUCCCGUGGCAGGCGAUCUGAAAGAUGCUUUGAAGGUGUUCUUUUAUCAUGUUCCGGAGUUCCAAGAUAUACAAAACCGAUAUGAGUUAACUGGAGAGAUUUUCGCACCAUACCACUUCAUGUACCACAGCCGGGGAAAACUUGACGAAAUAAACAACAGGCUGCCUCGGUCCGCCAAAAAUCAGCUUGAACUCCUGCUGGUGUAUGUGGAAGAGAACUUUUGUCAUGAAUAUGACAUCGUGGACUCGCUUCUGAAAGAUGAGAAGAUUACAACUCGCUAUAUUGACUAUCUUUUCAAACCGGGCGAAGUUGUUGUCGAAGCCAUCGGACAAGAUUAUAUUGGCUACGUUGCAAGCUCAUGGUUGUAUGAGGGAUCGAGCCAAAAGAAUACGCCAAAUGCCUCCAGGCUUCCAACUUGGACUUUCGAAAUGGCACAACCAACUACGAGAAAGCCGCUGGGGGGGGCAGAAGGGGGCUCAUUCGACGCCACAAAAACCAAAAAGCAAACAUUCUUCUGUAGAUAUCUCUAA